CACUAUCAAGUCGCAACUGACAGGAUACGGUUAGCGUUAAACAUAAAGGAUGAAUAUCUAACGCGUAGCAUAAUAACAAAGGAUUUUAAUUUGAAGGUAGUACCGGGAAGUAGUAACGUCCAUAUGGCUAACAUCGGCCAGUUUUAAUGUGAUUUCGGAGAGCGGGAAGACUACUAGGAAAAAGAAGUGAGGGUAAAAAAAGCUUUUUUAUUCUGCGAUGAGGAGAUAGGUGAAGAUGACGGCACGCCGAGUAGUAGUACACCAUUGGCGGGGUGAGAUCCACUCCCCUGCAAAGCUUAUCCAUCCCAGUGGCACUGAUGAAUUCAAUUGUACGAGGGUUGAACUAUGGACAGCACUGUCUGCUGGAGAGUCCUACAGGCAGUGGGAAAAGUCUGGCCUUGCUCUGCUCUGCUCUGGGCUGGCAGCAAGCUCAGUUUGCUAAACUUAAGGAAGGAGGAGGUUCCAUGGAGGAUAAGAGUCAGUCAGAUAAAGUUUCAGGAGAUUUUAAGAAGUCGGAAGCUACACCUUGUCAGUGUGUGUGCCACACUAAAGUCAACAGAGCAGCAGAUGCUGCUGCAGCCCAGCCGGUUGUUGUCGACCUCACAGUGUCCCCCUGCAAAGAGACAGCCCAGCCACCACUCCCAGAAAAUACGUCACUAGAGGAGUCACAAGCAGGAAAACGGUCGAUCGCCUCCCGUCUCUCUGGGAAGUUACAGGCGUCUCUCAGCUCUGACUGUGGGACAGAUAAUGACUUUCGACCAGAGAGGAAACGCUUUCGUCCUGUGAACAGUCUGGAGAGUAACAAACGGCAGCGUCUUCAGCCAGGAGUCGUGUUCAUAGAUGAUGAACCGGAGCUGGAAAAUCAGACGUCUGGUCCUCAUAGUUGUGCCGCAGCAGCGAACAGCCAGGCAGCUGAUUCGUCGCCAUGCAGCCCCCCUGAACCCUGCUCCCGCUGUCCGUGCUCUUCAUCCAAAGACAGCAUGAAGGACAAAGACAAAGAUGGUAGAAAGAAGAUUCCCAAGAUUUUCUUCGGCACACGCACGCAUAAACAGAUAACUCAGAUCGCACACGAGCUGAAGCGCACCGUUUACUCCAGCGUGCACAUGACCAUCCUGUCCAGCAGAGACCACACCUGUGUGAACCCCGAGGUGGCGCCUCACACCAACCGCAAUGAAAGAUGCAAAGACCUGCUGGAGGCCAAAGAUGGAAGGUCCUGUCGGUAUUACCAUGGCGUCCAGAGGAUGAGGGACCAGCACACGCUACAACGGGUCCAUGGACUGCAUGCAGCCUGGGACAUCGAGGACCUGGUUGCUCUGGGCAAACGGCUCCGCUCGUGUUCCUACUACGCUGCUCGUGAGCUCAUGCAGGGAGCCUGGAUCAUCUUUUGUCCAUAUAACUACCUGCUGGACCCGAUGAUCAGAGAGAGUAUGGAGAUUGACCUGGCAGGCCAGAUCUUGGUGCUGGAUGAGGCUCACAACAUCGAGGACUGUGCUAGGGAGAGCGCUAGCUUUACGUUGGAGCACAGCAGUCUGCAGACCUCCAGAGACGAGCUGGACAUUAUGGUCAAGAACAACAUCAGACGCCAAAAACAUGAGAUUCUCAGGGACUUCUGCUACACUCUGAGCAACUGGAUCCAAGAAAGCCAAACCUUGUUAUCUGAGCGUGGAUAUGAGAGUGCCAGUAAAGUGUGGAGUGGAAAGGAUAUCCUGAGCAUCUUUCAUGAUUCGGGCAUCACAGCGGACACAUUCAACCUUUUGAAGCAAAACCUGGCUGCAGUGUUGGAGAAGGAAGAGUGUGUUGGUUUGGUUAAUGGUAAAAAGGAAAUGGUGGAGGUCCCGGUCAUGAGUGCACCUACAUCCGCUGUCCUCAAAAACCUCUUCAUGGUGCUGGACUUCCUGUACAGAGACAAUUGUCGGUUUGCUGAAGACUACCGAGUAGCUCUGCAGAAGACCUACACAUGGACCAAUCAGGUUCCAGCUGAUGUCCCUGAUGCCCAGGGCUUCUUUGUUCGGCAGCGCCCCAGACAUCGUCAGAGCACAAGAAUCAAGGCCGCGGUCCUCACUCUGAGCUUCUGGUGCCUAAACCCUGCUGUGGCUUUCUCAGACCUGAGUGGGUCGGUUCACAGCAUCGUUCUAACAUCCGGAACCUUGUCACCCAUGGGCUCGUUCUCCUCUGAACUGGGGGUGAAAUUCACCAUCCAGCUGGAGGCCAACCAUGUGAUCAACAAAUCUCAGGUCUGGGUGGGCACUGUUGGUGCAGGGCCCGAAGGCAGAAAGCUCCGUGCCACCUUCCAGCAUGCUGAAACGUUUGCCUUUCAGGAUGAGGCGGGCGCCCUACUGCUCCAUGUCUGCCAGGUGAUGGCCAAGGGUGUGCUCUGCUUUCUGCCAUCCUACAAGAUGCUGGACAAGCUCAGAGACCGAUGGACCAACACUGGUUUAUGGGAGAAGCUUGAGCAGCAGAAAACUGUCAUCACUGAGCCCCGCGGUGGAGGCAAAGGGGAUUUUGACGAGCUGCUCCAGACGUACUAUGAUGCCAUCAAAUACUCUGAGGGUAGAGAUGGUGCCUUGCUCAUCGCUGUGUGCAGGGGGAAGGUCAGUGAAGGGCUCGACUUUACAGAUGACAAUGCCAGGGCCGUGGUCACCAUAGGAAUUCCUUUCCCAAACAUUAAAGACCUGCAGGUGGAGCUGAAGAUGAAGUAUAACGACCAGCACUGCAAGUCCAGAGGUCUUCUUCCAGGCCAUCGCUGGUAUGAGAUUCAGGCCUACAGAGCUCUAAAUCAAGCCCUGGGGAGGUGUAUCCGCCACAGGAAUGACUGGGGUGCUCUGAUUCUUGUAGAUGACCGGUAUGGGAACGAUCCUAACAAAUACAUCACAGGUUUGUCUAAAUGGGUCCGUCAGCUCGUCCAGCAUCACAGCAGCUUCAGUAACGCCAUGCAGUCUCUGGUAGCGUUCUCUCAGGUGCAGCAGAAGGUGGAGGUGGCUCCUGCAGACAGCCAGACCCUCGGCUCUACUGACUCUUCUUCCAGGAGUCACCUACCCUCAACUGAUGAGGAGCAGAGUCUUGCCGCAACCCCAUGUGUCAAACCACCUGAACCACAGCAGGACACAAGCCCCUGCACCUUCCAGUUUCUCUCUCAAACUCAGCAAAAAAAGGAAAAUAAUGAAAAUGCAGAGCCCGUAAAGAUGGUGGACAGCCCCCCAACAGGGCAUCUCUCUCAUCAGCAUCCAAGAGCCCAGCCUGUGUUCCACAUCUUCAGCAGCAGCCCCAUAAGCAACGGCUUCAAGAAGCCAAUCUUUAAAGCAAAAGCAGCCAGCAGCAUCUUCCAGCCGGAGAACCACCAGGUCUCCUCUCCACCACUGAAGCUGCAGACGUUUAGCCCUGAGGAAGGAGCUGGGUCCGGUGAUCUGGCUCCAGAAGCACCCCCAGCAAACACCUCCGAUGAAGAUGAUGAGGACCAGACUGUUUUCUUUACUCCAGAACUUUUUGAGGGUGAGGAAGAUGAAGAUAAAGGUAGUCCACAGAAAGACGCAAAAACUGAUUUACCUCCCAGGAUUGUCCCAGGAACAGAGAGCCCAGCGAUGCGGUCAGAGGAGCUGUUUGGCUCUGAGCAGGCCCAGUUGGCCUCUACAUGUGAUGGACAGAGCACUGUUUCAGGCAGAAAGGAGAACAGGCUUUCCAGGCUGUCCAGGUCCAAGCAGAGAGUCCCCUCCACUCAAACAGGACUCUACCAAGUCCAGGAUGCAUCGAGGGCCAGUCUUCAGCCGACUGAGACCAGGAGCAGCCAGGUGAGGUCAGACAUGUCCAGGGCAUAUUAUAAGUUAAAGGUAUUGACAUGGGGUUUAAAGAGCAGACCAUCCAGCGUCAGCCCUGAUGAAGUAAACAGCUCAAGAAGUGCUUAUCAGGAGCAUCCACUUACAAACAACUGGAUUUCCUGCCCACUAAUGGGACAAAUCUUGACACAAGAUGUAAACUGCACAGUGUCUAAGUUAAGGAGGCCCUCUGUGUUUGUGAGAGAGCAGGAAGGCCUUAAAAUUUCCAUGUCGUCUGUUGGCGUGUCACGGGAUGAGCUGGUCACUGUUACUCCUAAACAAGCUAACACAGGAGGUUUACAGGAGGCUGCAGGAAGUCCGCACCACGAGCCACAAGCUGUAAAAGUGCUGAGAUCUUACAAGCAGAAACGCAGGAGAUUGAAGAAGUCCUCCCCUCAAAUGAAGAGCAUCACAGAGCGGAAACCAUGCUCUCUGGGACUCUACUGCUCUGUCUGUGAACAGAAGCUUCUUCCCGAUGCUCGUGGUACUUUACAGCGAGCUGUGUGUACAUAUGAGCAUCUGGCUGCUCUGAGAAAUGACAUGUUUGGUUCAGCUGGACUGAGCUGCCAGUGUGCUCCUCAUACACCAUCAGAUCCAGACACCUGGCUGCUGCUGGUUCAAGGUCGCUCCUCUAUGGAGGCCCUAAGGACAGCUCUGCAACCUGACUGCAACAAUACAAUAACUGCAUAUAACGCCAUCUGGAACCCAGAGGAGUGCUCGGUUACCAGGUUUCUACAGUGUAAAGGCUGCUCCUCUCAAAGGCCUGAUCUGCCUGCAGCUGUCAUAGCAGCAGAGAUCCUGUACCCGAGAAACACCAGUCAAGAUCAGAUAUGGUUGGCCCCAGCAAGAGUCCACUUCUGCUCCCUCAUUCAUUUAAAAAGCUGAAGUCUGAAACAGGAGAAGAAGAAGGAUCUUUCUUCUGGUUUUUAGUUUUAUUAGCAUAAAUCUGUGACCUGUGUUCUAGCUCAUCUAUAUAACUUUUAAGUAAAUGGAACUGGUUUAAAAAGUCUUAUAUAACGUUAUUGUUAAAUUAGGCAUUUGUGUUUAGUUGAUCCCAGUUUAGCUUAUAAGAAAUGAUUCAUCUGUUCAGACAUGUUUUGCAGUAGCAAAUAUAUUUUGAGAGAAAUUCAGUUCUGUUUUUAUCUUUUUUUUCCCCACUCUUACCUUAUAUCUUACCUUAUGUUAUCUAUACUUUAAUUUUAGUAAAACCCACUGUUUUUUCUAUUUCUGUUUAAAGUAUAGUUUCCAUGUCAGUGUUGUUACGUUUUCUUUUCAUUUAUGUCAAUAACAAAUUUCUGCUAAUAAUUUGCUAAAUAUGAUGCCAUGUUUCAGAUUAUGUGGAUAAUUUUCUACAUGAUUCCUGACAAUCUGACUUAAGUUUAUUUGUUAAUGAUGUGAAAUUUGGCAGAAGGACGCUUUAAGCUGACUGAAGACUAUUUGACAUGUAUUAAAAGGCAGCUUUUUACC